CACACUCCUGGAGCUCAUGAAGACUGAGCGGAAUGGGGACGUGGUGGAAGAGAGCCUGCAGGAGCCGGACCUCUACAGUCCCGUGUCUCCUCUCCCCCAGGAUCAGGCGGUCUCCACAUACUUCGAGGAGAAGGUCCCCAUCCCGGAGGAUGACCGAGCGAAGAUGUUCAGCUUUCGGAAACUGUGGGCUUUCACUGGCCCGGGUUUCCUGAUGAGCAUCGCCUAUCUGGACCCGGGGAACAUCGAGUCGGACCUGCAGUCCGGGGCUAAAGCAGGGUUUAAGCUGCUCUGGGUGCUCCUGGGCUCCACCAUCAUCGGGCUCCUGCUGCAGCGUUUGGCCGCCCGGCUCGGGGUCGUCACUGGGAUGCAUCUCGCCGAGGUCUGCAACCGCCACUAUCCCACGGUGCCUCGGAUCAUCCUGUGGCUGAUGGUGGAGUUGGCCAUCAUCGGCUCUGACAUGCAGGAGGUCAUCGGCUGUGCCAUCGCCUUCAAUCUGCUGUCGGUCGGCAGGAUUCCUCUGUGGGCUGGAGUGCUGAUAACCAUCAUCGACACGUUUGUGUUCCUGUUUCUGGACAAGUACGGUCUGAGGAAGCUGGAGGCUUUCUUUGGGUUCCUCAUCACCAUCAUGGCUAUCAGCUUCGGCUACGAGUAUGUGCGAGUGGCUCCGGACCAGGCGGAGGUUCUGAAGGGCAUGUUUCUGCCGUAUUGCAGCGGCUGUGGACCCGAGCAGCUCAAGCAGGCCGUCGGGAUCGUGGGAGCCGUAAUAAUGCCUCACAACAUCUAUCUGCAUUCUGCUCUCGUUAAGUCACGAGACAUCGAUCGAGGCAACAAGAAGGAGGUGAAGGAGGCCAACAAGUACUACUUCAUCGAGUCCACCAUCGCGCUCUUCGUCUCCUUCCUCAUCAAUGUUUUUGUGGUGGCCGUCUUUGCUGAGGCCUUUUAUGGCAAGACAAACAUGGAAGUGGGCCAGCAGUGUAACGCGUCUGGAAGUCCUCACAGCGAUCUCUUCCCAGCCAACAACGAGACGCUGGAAGUCGACAUCUACAAAGGGGGUGUGGUCCUGGGCUGUUUCUUUGGCCCCGCUGCGCUCUAUAUUUGGGCGAUUGGGAUCCUUGCGGCUGGACAGAGUUCAACUAUGACGGGAACCUACUCUGGUCAGUUUGUGAUGGAGGGUUUCCUGAACCUGCGCUGGUCUCGCUUCGCUCGCGUGUUGCUGACGCGCUCCAUCGCCAUAUUCCCCACUCUCCUGGUGGCCGUCUUUCAGGAUGUGCGGCAUCUCACAGGCAUGAACGACUUCCUCAACGUGUUGCAGAGCAUGCAGCUGCCGUUUGCUCUGAUCCCCAUCCUGACCUUCACCAGUCUGACGUCACUAAUGAACGAUUUCGCUAACGGACUCGUGUGGAAGAUCAGCGGUGGUGUGCUCAUCCUGCUGGUGUGUGCCAUCAACAUGUACUUCGUGGUGGUGUACGUGACGGCCCUCAACAGCACCGUCCUCUACGUCUUCUCUGCCCUCCUCUCCAUCGCAUACCUGAGCUUCGUCAUCUAUCUGGUCUGGAUCUGUCUGAUCGCUCUCGGCGUCUCUCGGCUCGACUUCACCGGAUCCGUUCGGUUUCCACCCGCCGUCCUCAUCGAUGAACAGCCAGAGUUCGACUCCUGAACCAAACGCAUGAUCGCAUCCAAAGUGUGAACGUUUGUUCUUCUAAUGUGAGGAACGUCCAUACUGUGACAAACAGUACAAUCCAAAUAUUUGUUUCUUUUCCUGUUUCUUUUCCUGUUUCCUUUCCUGAUCCGUGGCUCUUUUCCUUCGCCACGGUUUAUAGAUCUACUAUUGUAGGUCUGGCAGAACUGAUAGAGUAGAUCUACUGAACUAAGUUAUUUACAGCAACAGCUGCAGAAAUAUGCGUUUAAAAUCAUUCAUUACUGAAAUGAUAAAAGAACAGUCUGUGAAGAUAAUUCAGUUUAUGACACACUAACUUCCUAACGACUCGUUUGCUGAUGAUCGGCCGACUGGAGGAUUUCAACAGUUAUUUAAAGGUUCUUACAUAUUUGUUGUUUUUGUUAACAUGAAUAAACCGAUGAGGUGUUUUAUAAUCUGUAGUAAUAUUUUCAAACUAAAACAUGUGUUUUAAGUGAAUAGCUGAAUCAAAGAAUGGGUAUUUAUUGAAUGAAAUGAACAGCAUCAGACGCCGUCGGCUCGUGGAUCUGUCGACUGGAUCGGAGUCUGUAUCUGGGCUGAAAUCAAACGCCCUGGUUCUCGUUUCUGCCAAUAAAUCUUUCAUCCAUCAUCAUUUUCAUUGAAUCAUUUCACAUCCAUGCUGAUUUUUCAAUUUUUUAAAGAUUCUGUUAUUGUGCACGCUACUUCAACCCUUCAUCUGUUUGGUCAACAGAUUUUCUGCCUUCGUUUGACAAUAUAACAGCAGUGAGACGUUAGAGAACAAAACGGGUUUCUGACUGACGUAUAGUUCGAUAAGAUGCAGCUUUUUAAAAACCUUUCAAGAAGCCACAAAAGUGCCUUUAAAUCAAUUCGACAAACUGCUUCUUUCCAGGUCACAUUCUACAUGUCAUUGAUCUUCUGAAGUUUCGUCUCAUUCAUGUUUGUGCUCUGAAAUGCCAGUCGUAAUGACUUUAAUUUACUGUGUGUUUCUCUCGUAAAAACAGAUGUGAGUUAUUGUGGCGUAACCCGUGUUUCGUUCUGGUGUUUGUUUUAAACACAUUCCAUGCUGUGAAACAUGAAGAAUGGCUGAUGUAUUUAUGUUUGCACGACAUGAUCCAUAUGCCCUGAUGAACCUGAUGUACAUUAUUGACACUGUACAUGCUGACUAACGAAUAAAAGUCCAAAAUGUCACCAGCUUCAA